AUGGGAUCUAACUGUUCAAAUUGUGGAUAAUGCUAAAAAGAUAAGCAAGAAUUGUUAUAUGAAAUAAAUAUAACAAAAAAAACAGAAAGUAAUAGAAAUGGAAUAUCUAUGAUUUCGCAGCCAUCUUAAGCCUCAAGUCAUUAGAAUAAGGUUUAGAUCUAUUAAUAUAAAAUAGACAUAAACAAAUUAGAAUUGUUCAAAAGAGAAUAAAGAAUUCCUAUACCAAGAUCAACAUCAAUAAGAAUAAUUGUUGGCUGAUAUGGCGAUUGUAAUCUAAAAAUAAUGGAAGGGUCAUAAAGUCAGAUAAAAUUUACAAUAAAUCAAGUCGGGCAAUGAUGAUAAUAAUAAAAAGGAUGAACAAGAAACAAGUUAAAGCAAACAAAGAAAAAAUACAUUGAAAUAUUUCAAUUCAGAAGAAUAUGGAGGUAGCUAAAAAUUAAAUCAAAUAGAUGUAAAUCCUAAUAAUACAUUUCGAGAUAAAAGACCGAAAUAUUAGUUUAAGAGUGGUGCAUCAUAUGAAGGGGAAUGGUUGGGUAAUAAAAGAGAUGGGAACGGAACAUAAAUUUGGCCAGACGGAGCAAAGUAUGAAGGAUCAUGGAAAGAUAAUAAAGCCUGUGGGAUAGGAAGCUUUUAUCAUGUAGAUGGAGAUACAUAUACAGGAGAAUGGAACAACGAUUAGGCUAAUGGUUAUGGAGUUUAUAGGUAAUCAAGUGGAGCAAUUUAUGAAGGCUAUUGGCAAAAUGAUUUUUAGCAUGGAUAAGGGGAAGAAAAGUGUAAGCUUAAAUUUAAAUUAAGGGAUUGAUAAUUCAAGUUAUAAAGGAGAAUAUUUUUAAGGGAAGAAACAAGGUUAAGGUUUAUAUAUUUGGCCAGAUGGAAGCUUUUUUGAAGGAACAUGGUUUGAUAACAAAAUUAAUGGAUAAGUAAGAAUGUUUUUUAUUAUUUUCAGGGAGAAUAUACAUGGGCUGAUGGAAGAAAGUAUAAGGGUAAUUGGAGAUAUAAUAAAAUGCAUGGUUACGGUGUCUAUCAGUGGGCAGAUGGAAGAUCUUAUCAUGGUGAGUAUUACGAGGAUAAAAAACAUGGAAGGGGUAAAUAUUUCUGGCCAGAUGGAAGGAUAUUUGAAGGGGAGUGGGUAGAUGGUAAAUAGCAUGGUAAAGGCAAAUACAUCAUGGCUGAUGGUUAGAUUAAAUCUGGAUUAUGGGAGAAUGGAAGAAGAAUUAGAUGGGAAGACAGAUUCCAGUGA